UCUAAGAUGGCGGCGUCCGCCACGGCCGGCGGGCAGGCAAUAGAAAACCAGCUGAAGAUCUGUGGCUAUAAGAACAAUGUGGAUGUCGUAGCACUGUAUCUGGCUAGACAAGGACUAAGAAGUAUCCCAAGUCUAGCACAGUUUCGCAGAUUACGGUAUUUGUGGAUUAACAACAAUAAGAUCCAAGAUUUAACCUUCUUGACCAAAAACUAUUACUUGACUGAACUCUAUCUCAACAAUAAUGAGCUGACAGAUAUAUCAGGUGCUCUGAAACACUUAUGUUCAUUACAGAUUCUGUUUCUUCACAACAAUGAGUUAAGAAAACUUGGCAAAACAGUGAAGGAAUUGAAAGGCAUGAUAAGCUUGGAAACUCUAAACUUAUUCCAAAACCCUCUGGCAUAUGAUCCAGACUACCGGCUUUAUGUGAUAUACUUCCUUCCUUCAGUUCAGCUCCUUGACAGGAAGUUGGUUACACAAAGAGAAAGGGAGUCAGCGCUUCACCUCUAUAACCCUAAAAGGGCUUGGGUCAUGCAGUCAAUAGCUUUUGGGAAGAGAGCAGAUACAUCCCUGGGGACAACAGUGGGAUCUAGCAGAUGCACUCAACCAGCCAGAAGACCGAUAAUCCCCUCAGGUCAUGAAUUCGGAAAUAGCACAAAUAAAGUACCAUUUGAGGACCCUGAAGAUGCAGUUUUAGUACGGGCAACGACAAGAUCUCUAAUGGAAUUUUCCUCUGUGGACUGGAACAAAGUAGCCACUUGUCAAGAAAGGCGGCUUAAAAACAAAGCAGAGGAGCCCCUUGAGAAGCUGACAGUCCAGUUUAGAUGAGAAAAAAACCAAUUUCUCUCUCUAAUGUUAACCCCACAAGUAGGUUAACAACUCAAUAAAACAAGUACAUAACAACAUACAUCUAAUUAAGUGAAUUUCCAGAAAAAAAUGUUAGUAUAAGAUUUCUUUUAUCAUAUGUAGUAUGGAGAGUGAAGAAAUUAAGAUAACAAAUAAUAAAUAGUGGCAAUGUUAUAAUAGAAGUUGCUUGAAAUGCAA